CAAACUUUUAGGGCACCCUGCCCACGGGGUACGGUGCUGGUGGCCAGUGGGGCGCCUCCUGCAUCAUCCUGGGGUGAAAGGGCUGUGGUGGGGACAUCCCCAACCCCCCUGGCGCAAGCAGAUCCCCCACAUCCGAGGGUGCCCGGCUGCUCCAAGCGUGCCCCCCAUGAUCCCGGGGCUUGGGGUUGGGGUUUCACCACCAGCAGGGUCUCCCAGCAGCUGACGCCGUGCGAACACGAGCGGCUGUACCCGCGGGCGGUGCCUCCGGGCCCCUCUCCCGUGGGCGACGGGCACGUGCCGCAGUGCGACGAGCGGGGAGGGUACCGGCCCCUGCAGUGCCACGGCAGCACCGGGCACUGCUGGUGCGUGGAUGCUUCGGGGCAGGAGAUCGCCGGCACCAGGACGGCGCCGGGCAGCACGCCGCCGCGCUGCGGGAACCCAGAGCCCACGGAGAGGCCCCCGAGCAUGUGCGAACGCUGGCGGCAGAGCCUGCUGGAGCACUACGGCGGCAGCCCCCGCGGCGACCAGUACGUCCCCCAGUGUGACACCGGGGGCCACUUCACCCCGCUGCAGUGCCACGGGGACAGCGGGUACUGCUGGUGCGUGGACGAGAGCGGCAGGGAGAUCCAGGGCACGCGCUCGGAGCCCGGCAGCCCCCCGCCAUGUGUCCCCAGCGUCGCGCCGCCCAGCGUCCGGCCCUCGCCGCGGCCCGAUGUGUCGCCGCCGGGCACGGGGACCUUCCUGCUGUACGCCCAGGGGCAGCAGAUCGGCUACCUGCCCCUCAACGGCACGCGGCUGCAGAAGGAGGAGGCCAAGACCCUGCUCUCCCUGCAUGGCUCCAUCGUGGUGGGGAUCGACUACGACUGCCGGGAGAGGACGGUUUACUGGACCGAUGUGGCCGGCAGGACCAUAAACCGGGCCAGCCUGGAGCCCGGCGCCGAGCCGGAGACCGUCAUCAGCUCAGGGCUCCUCAGCCCCGAGGGGCUGGCCGUGGACCACCUGCGCAGGGCCAUGUUCUGGACCGACAGCGGCCUCGAUAAGAUCGAGCGAGCCCGGCUGGACGGCUCCGAGAGGCGGGUGCUCUUCGACACGGAGCUCGUCAACCCCCGGGCCAUCGCCGUGGACCCCGUCCGAGGCAACCUUUACUGGACCGACUGGAACCGGGAGGCACCGAAAAUCGAAACGGCCACCGUCAACGGGGCCAACAGGAGGGUGCUGGUCAGCAAGGACAUCGGGCUGCCCAACGGCCUGACUUUCGACCCCUUCUCCAAGCUGCUGUGCUGGGCAGACGCAGGCACCAAGAACCUGGAGUGCACCUUCCCCGACGGGGCGGGCAGGCGCAUCAUCCAGAACAGCCUCAACUACCCCUUCAGCAUCAUCAGUUACGCCGACCACUUCUACCACACCGACUGGAGACGGGACGGCGUGAUAGCUGUCAAUAAGGAAACCGGCUCCUUUACGGAUGAGUAUCUCCCGGAGCACCGAUCGCAUCUCUACGGAAUAACUGCCGUCUAUCCCUACUGCCCUGGAGCAAGGAAAUAACAACUGCAACUUCGAGAACCAUCAAUCUUUGCACCCAAAGGAACUUCAGACCCAGGAAACUGUCACUGCAUACAACGAAAAGGGAGAGCCCUUAAUGAAGGCCAACGAAGCAACCUACCCUCCUGCAAAAGAUUAUCGUGUAUUUUUGAAUUUAUACCUCAAGUCUUUACUACUGUAUUUUUUUUUAAAGCGAAAAAAAACAUGGAUUUAUUACAAAAAAAAAAAGAAAAAUGGUCCUGUGAAUCCUAGGCCAUUACUCUAACUCUUGCUUAUGCAAGCAAAUUUAAAAGGUAGCUUUCUUAUUCAAAUGUUUUUAUUUUAUUGGAAGAAUAGAUUUAACUUUAUUAGUUUGACGAUCCGACCACCAGGUCCUUUUUAACCAAAACCAAGCACAGCGGGGAAGCUUUGGAUGCAGUAUCUUGCUGGGUCUCGGUCACCUACAGCCCUGAAGACUGUACACGUUCAGAACAGUUUUGUGAUAUAGCAAAGGCAUGGGAGUUGUUUUUUUUUUUCUUCCAGAAGACAAUUCUGUAUUUUCAACACUGCCUCAAUGCAUGUCUUUUAGUAUUUAUAUUAGAAGAAUAUGCUAGAAUCGAUCUGUUCAUGCUCCUUGGUUCUCCUGAGUGCCGACCCCACGGAGACCAACGCGUGUUCAGAAAUACAUUUUAAGUUGUAAUGCUUCACUUUUUCUAGGUUACUUCAAUAAUUUGAAUAAAAACGGUUGGUUUAAGUUUC